GAGAGGUCUGUGUACCUCCCAAGUCCAGACAACUCAUCUCUUGGCUCGGGGAACCCUCCUCGAGCCACCAAAAACCUAUUGCACGUGUUGGGCCAUGAGCCAGCGUACAUCAGCACUCCUGUACGCAGACCUCCACCACCUCAAGGGCAAUACAGCCAGAGAGACAACAGUUAUCAUUGGCUGUAGUUACCCUGAACAGACAACACCACAAUUGAACUUUUCAGAGUUUUUGUUACAUACUUGUUUGUUUAUUUUUUGCUUAACCUUUUUUUUAUAUAUAUAUUUUGUCAUUACUUUGAUUUAAACUUAUAUUUUGCACCCAGAUUUAUUUAAAACACUCUUCUUUUUUUACUUGAACCUUUUUUACGUACUUUAAUCAUUUCUUUGUUUGGUUGGUUUGCUAUUACUUAAAUUUUAAGACAUUUACAGUGCAUUCGGAAAGUAUUCAGACCCCUUCCACUUUCCACAUUUUGUUACAUUACACCCUUAUUCAUAUAAAAUAAAAAUGUUUUUCCUCAAUCUACACACAAUACCCCAUAAUGACAAAGCGAAAACAGGUUUUUCGAAAUGUUUGCAAAUGUAUUAAAGAUCCAAAAACGGAUACCUCAAGUAUUCAGACACUCAGGUGCAUCCUGUUAUCAUUGAGCAUCCUUGAGAUGUUUCUACAACUUCAUUGGCAUCCACCUGUGGUAAAUUCAAUUGAUUGGAAAUGAUUUGGAAAGGUACACACCUGUUUAUAUAAGGUCCCACACUUGAAAGUGCAUGUCAGAGCAAAAACAAUGCCAUGAAGUCGAAGGAAUUGUCCAUAGAGCUCCGAGACAGGAUUGUAUCGAGGCACACAUCUGGGGAAUGGUACCGAACAAUGUCUGUAGCAUUGAAGGUCCCCAAGAACACUGGCUUCCAUCAUUCUUAAAUGGAAGAUGUUUGUAACCACAAAGACUUCUUAGAGCUGGCAAAAUGAACAAUUGGGGGAGAAGGGCCUUGGUCAGGAGGUGACCAAGAAUCCGAUGAUCACUCUGACAGGGCUCCAGAGUUCCAAUGUGGUGAUGGGAGAACCUUCCAGAAGGACAACCAUCUCUGCAGCACUCCACCAAUCAGACCUUUAUUGGUGGAGUGGCCAGACAAGAGUCUGGACAAAACUGGCACAAUCUCUACUGUGAAGCAUGGUGGUGGAAGCAUCAUGCUGUGGAGAUGUUUUUCAGUGGCAGGGACUGGGAGACUAGUCAGGAUCAAGGCAAGACGAUGGGAGGAAAGUACAGAGAGAUCCUUGAUGAAACAAUCUAAAAAAAGUCAAGGGGUCUGAAUACUUUCCGACUGCACUAUAAAUCUCUUUUUGGUCAACUGUUUACUUCUAUCCAUACUCAGUGGUCUGGUAAACAAUGCAAGUAUUUAGAUGCUAUACACCAUUGCAAGCAUUUGCAUCUCAACUCUACCGUCAAAUCAUUACACAUAUUUACAUGUCUGGUGUAUGUGCUGGCUAGGGCCUGUAUUUUGGACUAUGUCUCAUGACCUAGAUUUUGCUGGACCAUCUGACAUAUAAAGAAAUGGGGGAAAUGAAGGUUAAAAUCCUGGUCACGUGACAUGACUGUUCAAAACAUGACAAUGUGUCAUAGAUUAACUCCUUUCUGCUAUUGACUCUAAAUCACUUUUGAGUUAGCCCUUUACACUCAUAAGUUUAGCAAAUGUUAUUGUUGUCUAAGUGUGGGAAAUGCUGUAAAUUAAAAUGAUGUGAUCUAUUUUGGAAGGUGAGACAUUGAGGAUUAUAAUAAAUACUGUUUUGAUAUCAUACAACCAAGUCAAACAACUGUGAGUCCAAAUGUGCACUUCACAUCUCCAAAUCAUAAAACUCAUGUCAUAUACAGUGUUAAUGUUUGAUCACUAUGUUAGAUGUACAGUUACAAGAUGGCAUGUUGUCAUACGCUGGGUUGUUCUGAACAUAAUGAGCCUAUGUUUGUUUAUUGUGGAAAACGUUUGCUGUUGGACAUGCACCUGAAUGCACUCAUGACUCCAUUGCACAUUUUUUUUGUACCAUGUACCUUACGCACAUAAAAGGUUUUGUUGGAAACCUGGUCACUGAUUACUGUGGUCCAGGUCAUUGGCAGUGGAGUUACAAACAUUAGCCUAGACGGAGAAGAUGGCGUUUUCCCAGUCUUCUCAAAUCACUUUAAAAAUAUCCAUCAGUAAGCUCCUGCCUUGGUAAAUGGGAGAUUGGCAUAUGGAAAUGCCUAUGACCUUCUCUGCUCACACUCUCCAUGUGUAACCCCCUCUAACUUCUGGAACCUGGUAGACCCACACAUUAUGUGACGCAUGUGGGCAAGGUUAAGAAUAGCUUGUCCCUGGUGCUCACUGUUCUUUAUUUUUUAUUUUUUUCAACGUCACGAAAUGUGGUUCACAUUCACUGGAGAGUUUUUCAAGACCGUCUCAGUGAGACAUUUCCAUGACCAGAGGCUAUAGUUUUCUGCUCAUGUUACGUAAUAGUAGUUCAAUUAAAUGUCGGAGUGGUUAAAAAAAAUAAAAAUAUUCAGUUUGUUUUGUUGGAUCAGUUUAUCAAGUACCAUGUUGGAUUCAACACACUCUAGUCAGUAGACAUAUUUAGAAGGGGUGAAAAACACAUUAAUAAAUAUUUGUAACCUAUUUAUAGGAUUGAUGGUGCAAUGCAUGUCUUGAGCAUGAAACAUCAACAGUAGGUUUGACUGCACCACAGAGGGUGUUGUGGAUGCUCGAUAGGAGUUUGAUCAAUCCACUGAAGUGCUCAGAUAUGACCACAGGCGAUAAGUGGGCUACACCGCGAGGAAGGUGGUCUGCUUUAUGAAGCCAACACUGGCUCUGUUGUAGUAAUCCUGGAAAACCAGCUUGUUGUUACUGGUAAACACAGUCAAAGGUGCGUUGACUUUACAGGGCAUGUUGUUUACCCUUAAGGAAACCUUCCUCUGGUGUUACUGCUUUGGGACAGUCACAUGGGACAGUCACGUGGGGGCCCUGUGUAUUUCUGCUGAGUGUACCCCCGGCCCUGUCAGAUUUCUGUCACUGCGGAAAGGGACAUGGCUCCUAGUGUGACAAAUGCAGCAGCCGGUGGGUGUGUGCUAUUUUCUCAGAAAAGAGCCUGACAAACAAGCAGGGAGGAAUGUGUGCCCUGUUAUGUGGGAGGGAUCAGGUGUCGCUGGCUGUGAAGGGCUGGUAUAAAGGACAGGGCUGCUAUUCCCCAGUCAGAACAGAUAUCAGCACUUCAGCGGACUCUGAAGCAUCAACUACCAAAGCAAGAGGCUCAGCCCUCAGCCUCAAGUUAUUGGCUUGUUAAAGCCUAUAGGGAAAGAAUUAAAGUUGUCAAUGACCCACUGCGAAGUUUGAGAAGGCUGUGUUGAAAAAUAAGCAAACAUUUUCAAGCUCAACAUUUAAGGAGAAGCCUAUUCCAACAUGGACAUCCAGAGGGCCGGCUCGUUGGUGCGUCCACCCAGCCCCAUGGAGAGCCUGGAGAAGCAGCUGAGCUGCCCUAUCUGCCUGGAGAUGUUCACCAAACCCGUGGUCAUCCUGCCCUGCCAGCACAACCUGUGCCGUGGCUGUGCCAGUGACCUCUACGACUCACGUAACCCCUACCGCUUCUCGGGCGGCGUCUUCCGUUGCCCCACCUGCCGCUUCGAGGUGGUCCUGGACCGCCAUGGCGUUCACGGACUUCAGCGCAACCUGCUGGUGGAGAACAUCAUUGACAUCUACAAGCAACAGCAGGAGGGUGGCGGGGGUAGUGGCAGCGGAGACAGCACAGAGACUCCACUGAAACCCAAGGACUCCAAGGAACUCAUGUGCCAGGAGCACGAGGAGGAGAAGAUCAACAUCUACUGUGUGACCUGCCAGAUGCCCACCUGCUCCAUGUGCAAGGUGUUUGGUCAGCACAAGGACUGUGAGGUGUCACCACUGGCCAGUGUCUACCAGGUGCAGAAGGGCGAGCUGAGCAACGCUAUCGACACCCUAGUGGCAGGCAAUGGGCGCCUUCAGGCCCUGCUCAACCAGAUGGAGGAUACAUGUCAGGCGGUGAAGGACAACGCACAGCGUGCCAAGCAAAGCCUAGGCGAGCGCUUUGACCUGCUCUACGCAGUGCUCGAGGAGCGCAAAGGGCUGCUGCUGGAACAGAUCGGCAAGGAGCAGGACGAGAAGGUGACUGCAUUGCGGGCGCUGGCCCAGCACUACAGCGAGCGACUGCAGGCGGGAUCAGAGCUGACGGACACAGCGGUGCGGGCCCUGGAGCAGAGCAGCGCCGCAGAGUUCCUGCUGGCCUCCAAGGGCCUUAUCACACAGACCAAGGACACCGCCAAGAUCUCCCUGGGCGAGGAGAGGCCCGAGCCGGGCUUUGAGAAGAUGGACCAUUUCACGCUGUCCACUGAGCAUGUGGAGGCCAUCCUGGCCAAGAUGGACUUUGGAAUGGUCGAAGACGAUGCAUUCGAGGAUGCCGAAGGGGACGAAGAAGAGGAGUGAUGAAACUGGAAAAUAUACAAACUGAAUAAACUAUUUACUACUUUUGAAGGUUCUUUUAACCUGAAUGUUCCUGGCAGGGACUCUAGUUGCAAUGUUUCAGUGAUAUUAAGAGAAGUUAGGAAUAAAGUUUUAAAAUGUUUUUAUACGUAGUUGAUUGACUUGGAUACCAUGGCUUUCUCCAGUUUUGAGUUUAAUAUUUUUGUUUUUUUUGUACUCUUUAACUUUGCCUUUUUGUAAACUAUAAUAGUUUUUUUUAUACUUUUGUAUUUCCAUAUCAGAUUUAUUCUGAUCUAUUUGUUAUGUACUUUAGGUUGAAUAUCCUCUCAGAUUGUUUACACUUGAAUACUUUAACACAUGUAAAGAUUGAGAUGGGAAAGUAGUUUUGAUUUGUAGUUUCUCAUUGACAUCUAGAAUGCCUAUGGUUGUAUCAAAUUGAUAAAUUAUUUUGUGCUCUAAACUGGCAAGAGAAUAUUUCAACAGAUCUGAAAUAAAGGGUGUUUCAAAUGA